AUGGCAGGCCUUGAACCUCAUUCGCUUGAAGAGGAGUAUCAGCCUUCCGAGUUUGCUCUGAGUGAGCCCAUCGACCGAGAGCCCGAGGACUCUUGGGAUGUGUGCAGUGUCCCGUCAGGAGUUUCUGUCACAAGCCGUGCAAAGGAAGCAGCUUCAUCUAGCCUUGGACUGAAGGGAGAGUCAGCGCCUACCACAACACCUCAACAGAGGGCGUUGGCCUUGGGAGCAUCUCUCUUGACGCUUGGUGAUCCGGUUCCUUCUUUCGCUUGGGAGUCUGGGUUUUGGGAAAGCUUCUUCAAUGACAAGCCCGCAGUAGACAGGAUGGUCCCAGCGCUCAAAUUUCAUAGACCAUCUUUCGCAGGUUCCAUAGAGGAGCCGACACCGCCACAGGCUGAGGUUCAGGCUUCUGUGAAGAGGCCUCGCAAAGAGGGCCCUUCCUCUUUCUUGGAAGUUGUCAAGAAUAGGAGAGUGAUCUCUUGGAGGGACAAGCGAGAGGCUGAGCAUCGUAGGGCGUUGUGCAAGUGGUCGUGCAUCUUCGACAAGCUUGAUUGUGAAUCCGACCCUGUCAUCAAAACCAUUGCCUCCUUGUCCGAAACGGAGAAGUUCAACACACUUGACGACUACAUGGCAAGAAAAGCCCCUAGUACCAUGACAAAAAGGGCCAAUUCGAUUUUGAAAAUCAUCAAGGUUGGUGAAGCCAAGGGGUUGAUGUUCCCGGUGAGUGAGCCUCAGCUUUACGAGCUUCUGCAAGAGGCAAAGACGGGCGGGGCCCUCCCGUCUCAACUAAGAGGGGUCAUGGAAGGGCUCCUCUUCGCUCGUCACGUGUUCAACAUCGAGGCCUUCAGUCAAAUUGCAAUUAGCAGGCGCUGCUGGGGGGUCGGGGCCUCUCGCCUUGCAAAGACUCCUUCGAAGGCAGCGCCCUUGAGAGUGAUCGACCUGGCAGCAUUGCAUCAGGUCCUCGAUUCGAGUUCCAACCCAUGGGACCGCCUUUUCGCCGGCUGUGCAUUGUUUUGCGUGUACUCACGAUCCCGAUGGAGCGAUGCACAGCACGUUGAUUCCUUCAAAUUCGACAAAGGUUCAGACAACCAGAAGGUGCACUACCUUGAGGCAGUCAUAGACAUCCAUAAGAAUAUGAAUCGGCGCGGGAGGAGCCCUGUGCCUCUCGAGCUCGUCGCGCCGGGUUUGGGGGUGUCUUCGGAAGGUUGGAUUGAGAAAUUCCUUGAUGCAAGAUCCGCCUUGGGCCUGUCCGCCGAACAUGCAUUCAUGCCUGCUCCCGAUGCCAGAGGAGUCCCCACCAUCAGGGCAUUGGAUUCUGAUGAGUGUGGAGAUUGGUUGCUUAGACUCCUUCCUGCCAGGGAGGGCCUGAAGACAACUUCGCACAGCCUUAAAAGGACCUUGCUCAGUUACUGCGCCAAAUGGGGAAUCAGCCAUGACGAUCGCUUGGCGAUGGGGGGUCAUAGCCACCCAGGACGCAUGAGUGACGAGUACGCAGAUGAUGCAAUGGCUAGGCCUCUGAGACUCAUUGAGAUGGCCGCCCACGAGCCUCCCCGCGCAGGAAGCUCUGCUGAGAGCAUGCCGCUCCUGAAGCAGUCACUUGUAGCAGAUGAAAUGCCGGUUGCUGAAGAGUCUGGAAGUGGGCGGUCAACAGACAGCUCAUCCUCGGACUCAUCCAGCUCAAACUCGAGUGCCAGUGUUCCUGAGCCCACAGUGCGGCCAGUUCGACUCCUGCCUCCGCCAGCGCCUGCUGAUGGCUGCAGGUUCGUCCAGCAUGCAAGGUUCAAGACGCUGCAUUUGCAGCGGUUGCGACAUGUCAACAUGACCUUGUGCGGCAGAAUCGUGAAACCUCCAAUCGGGGAACCUGGAAUUUUGAGAUAUGACACCCCGGUUUGUCGGGCGUGCAAGAAAGAGAAAAGCGCUUCCUCCGAGAGCGGAAAACAAGUUUGGAUGUCAUGCUGUAGAUUUGCCACACUUUGGAAGGAGCCGCGCGAGCUGUUUGAUCGGAUUUUCGCUUCACUGUUCCGCUGGAAACUUGAGGCUGACACUGAAAGCGUGCGGAUCUUCUGCCGAGAACAAGCUAUGGCCCUCGUGGAUUCGCACGCCUCCUUCCGGAGCAGAUGUGUGGAGAUAUGUGGGGGAGACGAGAUGUACCGGAAGCUUGCGGGGAAGGAGAUCAAAUCCUUCUCAGACCUGGCUUUUGCGUGCGGGACCCCGCAGGCCCCUCCGAGUGUCGAUGAGUUUCGGGCGUUCUCUGAGGACGUCUUGGGCCUAGGCGCCAGCUUGGGCGAGACUUCGAAGCUCACUCGCUUGCACUUCGAAGCGGCGACAUAUGUUGUUGCCCAGCUGAAGCAACAAGUAGCUCGUUACCGAGAACAGCGGAUACGGCUUUCAGGACUUGUGAUCCAGGGCGAGCUGCUUCCAUCGCACGCACUGGUGGACGCGGUGGCCCACAUGUCCGAGACCAACUGCUUGACCUGGUUGGCUCCUAGCAAAUGCACAAAACGUGAUCAAGAGUUGAAGGUUGGGCCCAAGGAGAAGUCCAGGGUCCUGACCGUGCUGGAUAACUCGGUGACCGUCACGGCCCAGCCAGACAAGCUCAUUGCAGAGCACAGUACGCCGCUUCAGCUGCAGUGGUGCAUGCAACGACGCGGCCUAGCCUUCGAUAUGAACCGCAUCAUCUCCUGGGAGACCCAUGAGAAAUGGGUUUGCUACCUGCUGCAGUGCUUGACUUCUGACUCCAUCCCAGGAUACAGUCCUGUAACGGUCGCCCAGGUCGUUAAAGCUGAUUCUGAGAUGUUCCUGUUGAUGUCCAAGGAGAUCAAGAAUGUCAAGGCAAGCGCAACAGGCGAGAUGGAGGCUGACACUCUGUUGGACCGCUUGAGAACGGAUCCACGGAUCACGAUGCACUUGCUCCCGCUACCAAAAGCCCUCAGCAGCCUCGCGACGGAUUCGGUCAUCGACGGAUCUCUUGAUGGGGAUAAGAACCCCAAGAAGAAGCCGCGCCGCGAGCGCCGCACAUCCGCGCUCACAGGGGCGGUGAAGGUGGACAACAUGCCCAAAGAACUCAAAGAUUGCAAGUUCUACACCGAUCAAUCAGGCCGUCGACUCUGCUGGACUCACAACACCGGGACUUGCAAUGCUGCGACAGAUGGAGGACACCCGCCAGCAUGCAAGCGCGGAGUGCAUGCCUGUAUGGGAUGCCGGAAAGCUGGCCAUGGAUGGUCGGCCUGUUGGUUUAACAAAACCAAUGGCAAGGGCAAAGGCGGGAAAGGAGGAGGAAAAGGAUCCGGGAAGGCCGACGGGAAGAUCGACAAAGAGAGUCGCUCUCCCAAGAGAGUCCGUGCUUCCGAUCAACUCUUGUUGAGCUCCGAAGUGAGUGAAGAGCCGGCUUUGCAGCAUCGUGAUUCUUCCGUGUGCUCGGCCCGUGCCUUCGCCGCAGAUCCUGCUCACACCAUUUCCGAGCCAGACCGUUUGAGUUUUUCCUUCACUCCGCUUGAGGUGUCAGACUUCGGCCAACACCCGGCUGAAGAAUUCGCAAGGAAUUGUCUUCAGCAAGGCUCAGGAGACUCUUCAUCCUGGGUGAAACUCGCGGAGCUCCUGCCCGACGAAGAAUCCACCCGUGAAACAGCGAAGGAUCCACUUGAGAAGUGUUUCAUAACGGGCGCUUACAACCAAGGAGGGAUCACCGGCGUGCGACGUCGCUGCCGAGAGUUCCCAGCCUGCACCCGUCUUCUGGUUGCCCUAGCUAGGCUUGCCUUUCCCGGUUUAAACUUUACAUCAGUUGGCCUUUUCCGGAACAUGCAGACUGCUCUGCACAAAGACGCCAACAACUUGCCGGGAUCUCGUAACGGGAUCUGUGCCCUUAGCUUCUUCGAAGGAGGUCAGUUGCGUCUUCACCGCCCCGAUGGGCCAGUGGACUUAUCACUCAGUGAGGGACCGCUUCAGUUUGACCCCUUUCUCGAGCACGAGACACUGCCGUGGUCUAAUGGGUUUAGGAUAGUUUUGGUUGCAUUCUCGGUCAACCGCCUCGAGCGACUUACGCCGGAACACCGGGCGAUGCUGACUGCGUUUGAUAUUCCGCUGCCGCUUUCUAAGGAACAGCUUGAGCCCGCAUCGCAGUUUUCUCAGGACCAAUCCAAGCCAAUCUCGCAGUGCCCUCAGGACGAUGGUGAGGCAGGCAUGUUCCUUGAAUUGUUCGCCGGCACUGCCCGCUUGAGUCAGGCAUUCACACGCUUGGGUUUCCAAGCCUUGGCUUUUGACAAAGUAUGCAAAUCCAGCCAUCCCGUUCAAGCACUCGAUUUCGCUGAUCGGUCGGAGUGUGAGGUCGUGCUGCAAUUGAUCCAGGACCAUGCCUCUUCCUUGCAGUAUGUGCACAUGGCGCCGCCUCAGGAAACUUGUUUGGCGGCCCGGAACAAGGAAGAGGACCAGCCCAUCUGCAAGGUUUGUGGAUUCAUGAGUGAUUCGACUUUCGAUGAUUUGUGCGAGGUACUUUGGAUAGGCAUUCCCCGUACCCCGUCGGACUUCGUGCAGCAAGCAGUGUUGGCAGGCCACCCUAAAAGGAUACUCGAGGCUCAGAUCGAUGAACGAACCAAGCUCCUUGUGGAUAACCUCUUGAAUGGACGGGCGGCUCACGAGGACCUGGGGAAAUCGCGACUAGCCGAGUGGAGCAAGAUCGCUAAGGAACUUGAGCCUGUGGAGGAACAAGCUCGGAAAUCAUUGGACCCUUUGGUGAGCAAGAUCCUUGGUGGGAAGAGAACCUUCCUACUUGAGCGGUUGCUCGCCGACUCGUCCUUCCCGGACCAAUCCUUAGUCCCCGACCUUAGGAAGGGUUUUCCGCUGACCGGAUGGAUGCCUAGGAAUGCCGCUACGCUGGCCAGGGUAUCCUCUCAGGCGGUCGAUGCUGUCGCUGAGAAGGCUUGGUCCGAAACUCUUGAGGAACAGCAGAAAGGCUGGCUGUUCGAAGACCCGGAUCCGGACCUUUCGUCGAUCCUACUGGCCCGAAGGUUCGGCAUCGUCCAAGGUGCCAAGACUAGGGUAAUAGACGAUGGGAAGGCAGCCGGAAUCAAUCAGACCGUUGGAUUGCCCGAACGUUUUAGGCUGCACAACAUUGAUUUCAUCUCGGCCUUCCUCGUCUGGGCCAUGAUGGACCCACGAGCUAAAGGGAAGCAGGUGUCGGGGAAAACUAUUGAUUUAAAAUGGGCGUACAAGCAAUACGCCGUCGAUCCCUCAGACCGAGAAAUCUUCAGAAUCAUCGUGCUUGACACUUGCUCGAGGAAACCCAAAUUCUUCGGAGCGGCAGCGCUCCCCUUCGGAACGACGGGGUCAGUGGCUGGUUUUCUCAGAACAUCUGCAGCCACGUGGCACAUCGGCUCAGCCCUGCUGGGCCUUUCUUGGUGCAACUAUUUCGACGAUUUUCCUCUUUUCAGUUUGGACGAGCAUUGCCCUUGCGCCGAGUCCUGUGCGGAAGCCCUGCUUGACAUCCUUGGAAUAACGUUCGCCAGGGAAGGAAAGAAAGCCACCGAAUUCUCCAAGCAAUGUCGGGCCCUUGGUCUGAUCAUAGAUCUGAGUGAGUUCGGACAAGGAGUCGUGUACAUCAAGCACACGCCCGAGCGUAUUCAGGAAUUGAGGCAGACCCUCACACACAUUCUUGAAUCCGGCUUGCUUGAGUCGUCGGAGGCUGAGGCCCUUCGAGGCAGACUCCACUGGUUCAGUUCUUUCCUUUUCGGCCGCCGGCCUUGCCAAGCCUUGAGAGUGUUAGGUCUUAGGGCUAAAGGUUUAGAUAGGGGUAAGAAGCUGAGCAGUGACCUUCGUGAUGCUCUCACGUACCUGCGUGAUCGAGCUCUGGAGUCGCCACCUGUGCAGCUCACUCCUGAUAUCAAAGAAACCUUUUACGUUUUCACUGACGGAAGCCUCGAAGGAGAUGUAGCCGGCGUGGGCGGCAUCUUGUACGACCCACUCGGUAAACCUCUUUCGUUCUUUGCAGCCAGCCUUCCGAUUGACGCUUUGAACAGACUCAAGGAAACUUCGAGCCACCCAAUCUAUGAGGUGGAGCUGCUGGCCAUCUGGGCCGCCUUGAAGCUGUGGAUGAGCCGACUCACCCGUUGCCUUGUAGUGAUAUACUUGGACAACGAAGCUGCAAAAGGAGCUUUGGUUUCCGGGAAGUCGUCCACUCUUCCUGGUCAGUCCAUAGUGAGUUCGGUCCUUGACUUGGAGGACUCAGCAAGGAUCCGGCCGUGGUAUGGCCGAGUGCCAACCAGCUCUAAUCCAGCAGAUGAGACAAGCACGACGGGUUUGCAUGUCUCGUCGGCUAAUGCAAUCGGAUUUUUGACCUACAUCCUGCGUGCUUGCGUGCAGCGAAAGCUUGUUGUUGCGCUCCACCACGAAUGUUUUUCCAUGGCGAACCUCAGCAAAUCGUUGAAAGAGUUCGCCGACGAUGUGCCUGUGCAGAGGACACGCAGCGGCACGAGCCAGCUCUUCAAGAUGUAUGUCGUGCCUGCAGAAAUUCUGGUGCAGAUGAGCGAGAUGAAGGACCAUGAGGCGCUAAUAGCCGAAGAGAUCCUCGUGGUCUUUGAUGAAAGCAUGGGGCAGGCGAUGUUCGUGUCGCACCAGUGGGCGGGGAUUGGACACCCAGAUCCCUCUAUGAAGCAGUUCCGUGUACUGCAGGACGCUUUGAAAGGCUUUCUGCACGGAAGAGCGGACGUUCCCGCAAGCCUCAGCAUAGAGCUGUACCUCGGUGAUGGCACUAAGAUCACAGGGGCGGAGAUCGCAUCGAAGCCGCUGUUCAUUUGGUACGACUAUUUCUGCUGCCCACAAGCUUCCGAUCAGACGGAGCAUCGCAGAAAAGCCAUCAUCAGCAUUCCGUACUACAUCGAGAAUUGCCGCUAUUUUGCCAUUCUAUGUCCGCAUGUGCGCCAUGAGGAGCAUGACACGCUUUUGAACAAGCACACUUGGGCUGAACGAGGUUGGUGUCGCUUGGAGCAGGUUUGUAAGGAGUUCAGCAUCCAGGAUGCCAGCUGCGACUCCAUCGACAUUCAGAGUAGCAUCUUUCAGACGCGAGCUCCAAGCUACAACUGGAUCAAGCAGCCAGUGGGAGAAGGCUUCUUCACAGUCGAUGCAGACCGCCAAAGGAUCGCUCCGGUCUUGCGGGACAUGGUGAGCACGAAGAUGACGUCGUAUCUUCUGAAAGCGAAGUUCCACGACUAUCGUCUCUUGCUGAAUCUCCAGCCGGUACACUUCCGAGGAUUACCUCUGAAUCCAAUUGACGACCUGAUUCCAGGUUGUCAGUCAGAUGAGCAGGAUCCCGCAGCUUUCAUCCUCGCCCAGUUCAUGCACCAGAAUGGCUUCGUGAGCUACACAGAGCAUACUUCGGAGGGUUGGGCUCCCAUCUCCUACGCUGCUCUCUCAGGGAACCCGAUGCUCAUCUCGGCGUUGCUGGAGCAGAAGGCAGAUCCCAAUGAGUGCACGGCGAUGCCGGAUUCUCCCUGCCAGUUUGCUGCCAAGACUCCAUGCUUGGUGAUCUGUGCCUUCUUGAAACACAAUCAUGCGCUCCGAAUGCUCUUGGCCUUCAACGCAGACUUGACUGCAAAGGACGGGUACGGUGCAACGGCUCUGCACUGGGCUGCUGCAGGAAACAAUGCUGAAGGAAUUCAGAUCCUUCGCAGGGCAGGCUGUGACUGCGCAGUCCAGGUCCCCAACAUGCUGGGCUACUCCCCGUUCGCGAUGGCCUGUGCCGGAGGUGGACUGGAAGCCAUCAAGGAGCUUUUGUCCGCAGUGUCGCAGAAGGAGCUCACCUGCGGAUUGCAUGCAGCACUCCUCCAGGGCGGCGGCUCGGCGGCGGUGGUUGCCGAGCUGAUCCAGGCGGGAGCUGACGUCAACGGCCAGCUCUCCGUCCCUCUUCUCAGCCCAUUCGGGGUGAUCUUCGCAUAUCUGAGCCUCCGCCACCUCUUCUGCCGAACGCAUCUCAGCGCCUAUGCGUACCAUCACCACCGAGCGAGUCCUCUGAUGUGCAGCCUCCUCAGCUCCUCCUUCGAUGCGGCCGCCGUUCUCCUCGCCGCCGGUGCGCGCUGCGACCUCGAGAACUCCCGAGGUUACACUGCACUCGAUCUCGCCAAAGAGACCUCAGCACCAGAGUUCAUCACUGCAGCGCUUUCCGGGCAACCGACUGCUUGUGAGGCACUUGUCAAGGAGCAUCUACACAAGGUCUGGAUAAGCACGUAA